GGCCCACAGCGUCAGCAACUCUCUGUGGACCACAAAUCCCAGAAUGCAACGUGCCUCACGCAGUCCCGUCAGGGGUCGGAAGCGGUUGUAGAGACCCCGCUGGCUGGCGCAGUCCGGUGGAAGGGCGGGCCAUGGCUGCUGUCCUCCGAGCUGUGAUGCGGUUGCCAGUGCCAGCUGUGUGGGGAAGGCCUCUCUACGGGCUGCAGUGCUGCAAUGGGCAGGAUUUGAGGAGGUGGGUGGGGAGUAGGUCACCCACCUUGAAAGGGAAAUCACCAGGCGCAGAGACAGAGAAAUUCCAGAUGAUAUUCCGGUUUGACGCCAUCAGAAUCUUUAGGUACUUGUCUCGGCUGAAGGUGGCACAAACGGCCCUGACGGUGGUGGCCCUGCUGCCUGGCUUUUAUUGGUACUCCCAGGGCCUUAUGGCUUUCGACUCCCUGUGCACUGUGGGUGGGAUAGCUGGGUUUGCCCUGGCCAUGCUGUGCUGGAUGAGCUAUUUCUUCUGGAGGCUGGUGGGUAUCCUAUAUGUGAAUGAAUCAGGCACCAUGCUGCGGGUGGCCCACCUGACUUUCUGGGGCUGGCGACAGGACACGUACUGCCCAGUGGCCGAUGUGAUCCCUAUGACGGAAACCCAGAACCGGCCGCAGGAACUUUUCGUGCGGAUCCAACAGUACAGUGGGAAGCAGACCUUCUACCUCACCCUGCGCUAUGGAUGCAUCGUGGACAGAGAGCGUUUCACACAGGUGUUUGGGGUGCUGGACACACUUAAGUGAACAACUGGGCUUCUGGGCAGCCUUGGGCCACCUGGAUCUCUGACUGAAGGCUGAAGGUGUGGGCGAGGCUAAUGAAGGGGACCUGUCAGCUGGAGACUUUGCCAGGAUUCCUGGGAAACUUGCCUUUUGGGAUGAGGAAAUUCAUGAGGCUGAUGCUAGUAACCUAGUUUAGGACAGAGGCCUUAGUGCAAAUUCUUGUAUACAAUAAGAGUUCCGCAUUUGUAUAUAACAUUCAUGUAGGUAAUGGCCAGCAGGUUCUGUUAGGAGCCAGCUGUUGGAAGAAGCUAUGUCCCGUUCAUGCAAACAGAACAGUGCUGUAAAAUGGGAGGAAGGGUGGGGCAGGGGGAACAUAGGAUUUGAAGUCGGAAGACUUGGGUUUUGUUCAUCCGGUAGCUGAGUGUCUCUGAACCUUGAUUUUACAUCUAUAAAAUGGAAAAUCCUGUCUGUCUCAUGGGAUGUGUGUGAGAAUAAAUAAUAAAUGUUGA